UCCUGGGCUUACCGUUCCACACAGUUCGGCGACUGUGUUCGGUGUUGAAUACUUUGUAGCAUCGCCGGAGCCCCUGGACAUGGUCAGCAGCGCUCGCUGUGGUCACUUGCAUUUUCUCAACCAAUCUGGAGUAAUAUAGAGGGGCUUGUCAAUUGCAUCCACACGCUUUACAGCAAGGAAGGAAGGGAGGAAGGAAAGCAAGCACGCAAGCGAACCAGAGAACGAAAAAAAACAGACUCGGACUCCCACAUUAGACUGUACAGUUUGUUCAGAAACACGACAGGAGGAUGAGUGUGAACCCCCCUCUCAGCCGCUCGGAGGUCUUCGGGCAGCUGAGGAAGGAGCUGUACGACGAUGAGGAGUUCAGACAGUCCGACACACACAUCUUCUUCAUCGUAGGGGCGUCGGGUGAUCUGGCGAAGAAGAAGAUCUACCCCACUCUGUGGUGGCUGUACCGGGACGGGCUGCUCCCAGAGGACACUCACUUCGUCGGUUUCGCUCGCUCCAAACUGACCGUGGAGGACAUUCAGAAACAGUGCCAGCCCUACAUGAAGGUAUCGGAGGAGGACUCCUCCAAGCUCUCUCAGUUCUUCUCUCGUCACUCCUACCUCUCCGGCGGCUACAACGACCCUGCGGCGUUCCGGAGCCUGAACCGGCACGUGGGGGAGAUUCCCAACGGAGAAGCGGCCAACCGCCUCUUCUACCUGGCACUGCCCCCGAGCGUGUACGAGGACGUGACCCGCAACAUCAGCCUGGAGUGCUUGAGCACCAAGGGCUGGAAUCGUGUGAUUGUGGAGAAGCCCUUCGGGAAGGACCUGCAGAGUUCGGACCAGCUUUCCAACCACCUGUCCUCCCUGUUCACAGAGGAGCAGAUCUACCGCAUUGAUCAUUACCUGGGCAAGGAGAUGGUGCAGAACCUCAUGGUGCUGAGGUUCGGGAAUCGGAUCUUUGGCCCGAUCUGGAACCGGGACAGUAUCUCCUGCGUGGUCCUGACCUUCAAAGAGCCAUUCGGGACCGAGGGGAGGGGGGGGUACUUCGACGAAUUUGGGAUAAUCAGGGAUGUCAUGCAGAAUCACUUGCUUCAGAUGCUGUGUCUCGUUGCCAUGGAGAAGCCGGUCUCGCCCAACUCUGAUGAUGUCAGAGAUGAGAAGGUGAAGGUGCUGAAAUGCGUGCGGGAGGCCUCUCUGGACGAUGUGGUUUUGGGGCAGUACGUGGGGGACCCCGAGGGAGAGGGGGAGGCUCAGAAGGGGUACCUCGAUGACCAGACCGUCCCCAAGGGGUCCCGCACCCCCACCUUUGCCACUGUGGUGCUGUAUGUGCAGAACGAACGCUGGGACGGGGUCCCCUUUGUGCUGCGCUGUGGGAAGGCUCUGAACGAGCGAAAGGCAGAGGUGCGGCUGCAGUUCUGCGACGUUCCCGGUGAUAUCUUCGCUCGGCACUGCAAGAGGAACGAGCUCGUGAUCCGAGUGCAGCCCAACGAGGCCGUGUACGCAAAGAUGAUGACCAAGAAACCGGGCAUGUUCUUCAACCCAGAGGAGAGCGAGCUGGACCUGACCUACGGGAGCAGAUACAAGGAUGUGAAGCUCCCUGAUGCCUACGAGCGUCUCAUUCUCGAUGUGUUCUGUGGCAGCCAGAUGCACUUCGUACGCAGUGAUGAGCUGCGGGAGGCUUGGAGAAUCUUCACCCCUCUCCUGCACAGGAUCGAGUCGGACAACAUCCUGCCUGUUCCCUACACCUAUGGGAGUCGAGGCCCAGUUGAAGCUGAUGAGUUGUUGAAGAAAGUUGGGUUUAGUUACGAAGGGACCUACAAGUGGGUCAACCCACACAAGCUGUGAGCCGGAACCAGAACCACACGGCUGUGUGUGCGUGCGCGAGCGUGUGCGUGUGCGUGAGGGUCUCGGGGUCUCGUAUAUAACGAGAUCGCUGCAUGAAUCCGAUUUAGAUUUUUUUUUUAAAUGUCAUCGACACACAGAUUCAUGUCCUGUCUCCUCUCUUUUUUUUGGUAUGCGGUCCAGGAGAAUGAUUUCCUUAAAAUAAAUGUAAAAAAGAAAACCAAAUAUUAAUUUCAUUGUGGCUUGAGGUUUAUAGUUUUUAAUUUUGUAUGAGUUAUGUAAUGUGAUACUGCAUUGGUGUUUAUAUGUGUUCUGUUGAUAAUCAGGUCCUGGGGUGUAAAGGGUUAAGUGAAACACAUUUAGUAAAAUGCAGAUCAGGGGCUGGGUUUGUCGUUCCUGGGCGUGUGUGUGCGUGUGUGUGCGUGUGUGUGUGUGUGUGGUGGGGGGGUGUGUCUGAGUGCGUCACAGACCAGCUAUACUUGUCCCAUUCUCAAGAACAGACUGUUUCUAGCAAUAGAAAUUCUUAAAAUAGCUUUAUAUAUAUAUAUAUAUAUACAGAACAUCAAAAGAAACUUAUCACUAUUGUAACACAUUUAUUUUCAAAAAUAAGGUAUAUAAAUGAUGGGCGUGGAUGAAAUGUUUUUGGUUUCUUUUUAAUCACUCAAUCAUUCAUCCUUGACCAUGACACGCUUGAGUGACUAUGACUGAAGCAGAUGCACUUAAUCACCUGAUUAGCGAGACAGCUGAUUGGACGCUGGGUGUGGAGCGAUUCCAGCUGUUGAAUUGCAAGCUUUGAAUAAAAGCAAUAGAAAAAAAACCAAUAUGCCACGUCUGUCGAGAGAGCAGCGCCUUCGUGCGAUCGGCAUGUUGGAGGCUGGGCUAGGGCAGCGUGCUGUGGCUCGCCGUCUUGGGUGCUCACAGCCAGCGAUUUCAAACCUGGCGAGACGGUAUAACCAGACACACUCUGUCAAUGACAGCGCCACCAACUGGGAGACCAAGGAACACCUGCCCGAGAUCCACAGAUCAUUCAGCAGCAUCUUCGUGAUGUCAGUUGUUAAUCAGCACGAUACAAAAGUCACCGCACCUGCUCUGAAACAGAGUUUGUCAUUUUUCGAUCACAUCUAGUGAAUUCUAUCCCAAUAUAAGUGAUACGUUUCUUUUGAUGCUCAAAUGUAAGUGAUCAGUUUCUUUUUGAUGCUCAGUAUGUAUAUAGUUAUUCUCAGAGGGGCGCCCCCUGAUUUGAUCCUGUAGUUACAGGGUCUCACAGUUUGAUUGUCAAGUACUGUACUGAUAAAGCAAACUUGUCUUAAGUACUACAACAAUAAAUAUCUUUUGCUUAUAAUAAA